AUGGCCGUAUCAGGGUCUCUGAAGAUCUUGGUAGCAGCCUCUGCCAUGUGGGCCACAAAGUCUGAAAACGGCUCUGUGGGCCCUUGCAGAACCUUGGUAAGCAAAGACAAAAAUCUUUCUCCCAAAAUCAAGUUGUUGAAACCUAUUUCAGGGAGAUUGAGAGCCCAGUGGGAAAUGGGCAUUGUCCAGGCUGAGGAAGCUGCUAGCAUGUCAGUAGAGGAGCGGAAAGCCAAGUUUACUUUCCUUUAUGUGGGGGACCAACUGCGCCUCAACCCUCAAGUGGCUAAGGAGGCUGGCAUUGCUACAGAACCUUUGGGAGAAAUGGUGGACUCUUCAGUGGCCAAUGAAGAAGCUGCUGUAGACCCUGGGACUAUGAGAGAAGAGGACAUUCCCGUAAAGAGAAGGCGAAGAGCCAAAAGGUCUAGUUCUGCUGAGAACCAGGAAGGAGACCCCGGCACAGAAAAGAGUACACCUCCAAAGAUGGCGGAUGCUGAACCUAAGAGAGGCGUAGGUUCUCCUGCCGGGAGGAAAAGGUCCACAGGAUCUGCCUCACGGAGCAGAAAGGGAGACUCAGCAGCUCAGUUCUUAGUCUUUUGUCAAAAACACAGGGAUGAGGUUGUAGCUGAACACCCAGAUGCCUCAGAGGAGGAGAUUGAAGAAUUGCUUGGGUCCCAAUGGAGCAUGCUCAAUGAAAAGCAGAAAGCACGAUAUAAUACAAAGUUUUCCCUAAUGAUCUCUGCCCAGUCUGAAGAAGACUCUGGAAAUACCAGUGGGAAAAAAAGGACCCACACAAAAAGGACAGAUGACCCUCCUGAGGAUGUGGAUGUAGAAGACGCACCCAGGAAAAGACUUAGGACAGAUAAGCACAGUCUUCGGAAGAGAGAGACAAUCACCGACAAAACGGCCAGAACGAGCUCGUACAAGGCUAUAGAGGCAGCCUCCUCACUCAAGAGCCAGGCAGCAACGAAAAAUUUGUCUGAUGCUUGCAAACCACUGAAGAAGCGAAAUCGGGCUUCUGCAACAGCGUCUUCAGCACUUGGGUUUAACAAAAGUUCAUCUCCUUCUGCAUCCUUAACUGAGAAUGAGCUUUUAUGGGACCCCACAUCAGUCAAGUUGGACUUGAACUCAGCCGCCCUGUACUGCACUUAGAAUGAUGUAAUACCCCAAGAUGUCUGCUGCAGGUGGUGCCUCAUCGUAUACACUAAGUGACAUUUCUAUCACAAUCAUUUUAUGGAAGAUGUGUGAUAAUCUGUUUUUACUGGUAUUAAUAAACACAUACAAUGAAGAAAAAAAAAUCUUUCUCCCAAAAUACUGUGUUCCUUAGUCUGAAACCAGAAAACCUUGUAUCUUGCACUCUCUCCCAGAGUAAUAAUAUAACCAUAAAACUCAAAGUCAUACCCAUCAUAAUAUCUGCUUGUUCCUGGAGCAAAUCGCCCUUUGAUACAGCAGCAAAAUUCCCACUUUCAACUGAUUAUUAAUAUUACCCUGAAUAUCUAAAGCUUCUGCGACACCUGCGAAUAGAUUACUUACAGCUGUGGAUAAAUUACUUACAGCUGCCGCAGUCUAUACUACAGAGGUAAGGGAUAUGGCUGCAGCAAUGGCAGCGGCGGCAGAAACUGUGCGACUCGUCCCAAAACCGGGAACUUUAUUGUCUCAAUCCGAGAACUUACCGACGUCGCCGUCCUGAGAUUGAGGAGUUCUGAAUCCAUGAGGAUGUCCUCAGGUAUCCGUAUGGGUCACCAGUUGUCGCGCCCACCUUGGCCAGCAAGGAAGACACAACACGGUCGGAUUCUUCUCAACAACCUUUAUUGCAGGACCACCCUCAUUGCUGAUAUGGGGACCUCGAGCAGCAAAAGCGCUCGCCUUAUAUACACAGCAGGCUGAGGCUAUGCUAAUUGUCCUUCAGGGAUUGUCGGAACAUGAAUCCCUCAUUAGCAUAUUAAUGUCCGGCCAACUGGCACCAGGUGCAAAACCCGCAC